AUGCUGAUUGUGGACAUGCUGACCCUGUCCUUGGCAAACGAGCCACCCAUAUGCGGUGGCAAGAUGAUGACGAACAUGGUGUCCCAUGGUCAAGGCAAACCAGCAGCAGCAGCACCAAAGGUAGCCACUCAAGCACCUGCAGCAGCGACAGGGUUAAGUUUAAGCAAGGAGCACGAGUCGAAGGAGUCGGGGCAGGCGCCAUUGUCAUUGCCAUAUUCGCAGGAGCAGCGAGGAGGAGAGCGAGGAGCAGAAGCCCCCACCAGCCACCCAUAUUUUUUGGGUGAUAAUGUCGCUGUCGGUGGCAUUGCUGCUGUUGUCCGCCCACCACAAAGUGUGCCUGGCGGUUACGUGGAUUACGUGAGAGCAGCGUCAGACCCGCAGCAAUCUCCGCCAGCUUCCACUGAGAAGCUCAUCGAUUUCGAGUCCAUUGAGGGACAUACUGUGGUUGGAGCAGCAGCUGUAAUAGCAACAAGCUGCAGCAGUGACCAGGAUCUCAUCGAUUUCGAAUGCGAUUUGGAGUUGGGCGAGGACUUUGUGGCCAGCCAGCGUUUGAAGCGAUUGCAGUAUAAUUUUCAGGGACGCGUGGCCAGCGGGAGUAGUAACAUUGAUUGUGUAAAGGCAUCCUUGAGACCACAACAACAACAGGAACAGGAGAAGGAGAAGGAGAAGGAGCAGGAGAAGCAGAAGGAGGAGGAGCAGGAGCAGGAGCAGGAGCAGCAACAAACCAUAAGCAUAACAAAGAAACCACCCCCAGCAGAAGAGGCCACUAGCCAGAGUCAGAGCCAGAGCCAGUCCCAACCCCAACACCAGCCCCAACCCCAGGCUCAACCCCAAAGUGAAACCCAAACUCUGAAAGCUGGAAAGGAUUCGACUGAGAAGAAGGACAAUAAGACGGUUGCAACAGCAGACUCAAGUGCAAUCCAAUUAGACGCCGAUUGUAUUCCAUUGCAGCAAUUGCCAAAUGAAAGCGAAAAACCAGUCACAGCUGAAAAUUGCCAGGCAACUUUGCUGAGAACGCCAACUGCUGGUGAGCCAGUGCUUCAGUUGCCACUGCGCCGGUGCGAGGAGAGCAAGGACGAGGACGAGGACGAGGUGCCGAGCGAGGACUCGUGCUUGGGUUCGGCAAAUCAGACCAGCGACCAAGUGGUGAUUGAAAUCGAAACGGACGAGGAGGAGGUGGCUGCAGGGAGAAGCAGCAUCAGGAUUAGGAGCGCCUUUGUCCCAGCAAUCAGACAGCAGCAUCGCGACGAUUACAACCAUCAUCAUCAUCAUCAGCAGCAGCAGCAGCAGCUCCAUCAGCUCCACCAGCUCCAGGCAGCGGAUGCCGGUGAGGAGGACCUCUUUGGGCCACCGCUCAGUGAGUUCGAUGUUCAGCGUUUUAGCGAGUACUUGAAGGCCGCCCGACAGCUGCAGUGGAGCACCAGCCAGUCAGCCACCAGGAGGAGCUGCCACCACACGGAUCUUAAGCCUGUGAAUCGUGGAGAGACCACCAUCAGCAGCACCUUUCAGUGCUACGACGAGCUGCUGGCCGAGUUUGUCAGCGAGCAACAGGAGGAGUACGAGGAGUACGAGGAGGAGGAGGAGGAGUCCAACACCGAUAGCGACGAUAGCAACAACGAUAGCCACAGAGCCUGCCAGUGCCAUGAGUGCCUAGCCAGCCAGGAGCAGGAGGUGAUUAGCAACAGCAGCCGCACAGAUCUAAUAGUUACAGGGCCACCGCCUAAACCCUUAGCUCCAAUCCCUACCAGCGACGGCCACACGAUGCGCGAGGUCAACGGCCAGCUGCGCGGUUUGCUCAAGAAACCAAAUCGCCCGCCGCCGGCGAGAAAGAACCGUGUCGUCUUCGAUGAGACACGCAACGAGUUCUUUGAGGCGGAUUACAUUAUACUGAUACGUGAGGAUUGCGCCUACGAUGAGGAGGACGAGGAGCCCUGCACCUGCGGCGAACAUGAGCUGGUGCGUCUGUGCUGCGAGGAGGGUUGCCAAUGCAACUAUGCGGUGAAUCCAGCCGAGGCUGCGGAUGGUCGGACGCCACAGAGCCCCAAAUAUCAGCCACCCAUUGAGUUCGUGGACGAUGCUGCACUCAGUCCGCCCGAUGGCUACAAGGAUAGUAGCCUGAAGAACACGCUCGGCGGCGCCCUCAGCGGUCACAUCUUUGGGGCCCAGCAUCUGCAGCAAUUGCAGGUUAUCCAGCGCCUCCAGCAGCAGCGUGCUGCCAUGCUGGCCGCUCGCAAUGGUGGCAAUGCAACCAAUGCUGGCCAGAUACCGCCACCACCACCGCCCGUCGGCUCAAACCAGCAGCAGCAGCAGCAACAGCAACAGCAGCAACAACAGCAGCAACAGCAGCAACAGCAGCAGCAGCAGCAACAGCAUCCACAACAGUCACAUCAACAGCCGCAUCAUGGAGCGGCCAUACAACAGCAGCAAUCGGAGGAGGAUCUGCAGGGUGUGUGCACCGAGUGUGCCGAGUGCGCCGAGUGUGCGGCCAAGCAGCUCCAGGAAGCAGAAUGCAGUUCCCCACAGUGUCCGGAGGAGAUGACACCGCUGGGUGUGCCAGCUGUGGCCAUUCUGCCAUUGCACACCAGCUCCCCAGAGCGUCGCAUCACCCAGAAGGAGAUCAUUGCCGGCGAGGAGAGGCCCAAAUAUGUGCUGCAGUCGCAGUAUAAGCCAUCGCCCACAGGAGUGGCCAAGUCUAGAAGGGAGUCCGGCAGUAGUAGCAAGGCCAUUUCGGGAUCAGCCUCCGGCUCAAGCGCCGUCUCAGGCUCCACCUCCAACACGGGCUAUGGGUUAGGCCUAGCUCCGGUACCGGUAACGGUUCCAGUGCCGCUUCCGGUUACGGUUCCACACCCAGCCAUCAGUAGCUCCUCCAAGAAUAAACGAUUUGUUGUUGAAACCAUUACCACUAUGACCACAGUGACCGAGCGUCGGAUCAUCCGGGAGGCGCACGAGGAUGUGGCUGCCGCACCAGGAACUGCUCCACCUUCUGUACCCUCAAGCGGAGCGGAGAUGCUGCCACCUGCCCUGCCGGCCAAGGCGAGUGCCACAGCAGCCGCUGCUGCCGCCGCAGCCACAGCCGCUGCAGCGGCGCCCAAUGCCUCGGAGCAAGUCCAGCAGCAACAGCAACAGCAGCAACAGCAACAGCAACAGCCACAGUUUGACGCCCAGAAGCCGCCACCCAUACCGCCCAAGGAGACAUCGCCCACGCAGAUCAGUGGCAUUCUCAAGGGCGGCAAGCUCUGGAAGCAGGACUCCAUCUCCCAGCAAUCGGAUGACCAGAACAACACCACUUCCGAGGACGAGAGCGGCACCACCAAGCGCUCGGUGAGAUUUGUGACCGAGGAUCAGGCCAAUGCUGGCACAGACAGCGAUGCCCAGUCCCUGGCCGAUGAGCUGGACGACAGUGAGAACCAGAUCAACGAGCUAAUCCCAAUCAAGAAGCACUCGACGCUGUUCAACAAUGCCCUGCGUCCCAAUUCCGCGGUGCGUCAGCUCUUCCCAAGCGUCUCGGCCCAUCAGGCACCGGUGCUCACCUCGGAGGCCUUGCGUGCCUUCGAUGAGUCCAAGCGGGCCGGUUGCCUGGUCACCCAUCUGCCGGGUAGUUGUGGCGACUCCGAUACCCUGCGUCGCAGCAUGGAGCGCAAUAUACUGCGUCGUUCCCUGAUCAAGAAAAAGGCUGUCAAGUCAGAUAUUUCGCUGGAGGAGCGCAUCAAGCAGCUUACCUGCGACAUCGACGAAGACCUGGCCGAGGAGCUGCAGCGGGCGGUGGACGAAGAUGCCGAGGCUGCCGCCGAUAGAGCUGCCGAUGAGCUAGCCCAGCGGGAUAGUCCCGCCGGUGAGGAGAAUCCCAAUCCCGUGCCCGGCUCCGGUCCAGGCCAAAAGUUUGUGAAUGGCGAGAAGAGCUUCUCGCCCAGCAGCUCCGUUUCCAGCUCCUCAAGUGGCUCGUCAGCCUAUAAGAAGAUUGCCGAUAUCUUCAAUCGUGACAAGAAGCAGGAGAAGAUCAUGGAGAUGGAGGAGAAUCCCAUAGUCAUUAUACCACAAGAGUGCCGUUGCCCGGCUGCUCCUGAUUUGGGCAUGGGCAUUCAGGUGCCGGUGGUGCACACCCAGAUCCAUCGCACCCCACCCCGACAGACGGAGCCAAAGCGCCAGUUCCUGUCCUCCACUCUGGCCCCGCUCACCGCCUGUGUGGCCGGCAAUAAGGACGAUCUCUCCUCCUACUACACCCUGGCCGCUGCUGCCGCUGCCCAUCCGCACGCCCAUGGCCACGCCCAUGCCCAUGCGCAUGCCGCCCACUAUGCAGCCGCCGCUGCGGCCGCUGACUUCAAUAUGGGUCACCUCCUGGGAGCAGCUGCAGCAGCGGCAGCCUCUGGGGAUCCAGCGGCCCAGCAUGCAGCUGCCAUGGCUGCCCAGGGCUUGGCCCAGGGAAUGGCUGUGGCCGGCGGAGGAGGAGUAGGAGUUGGAGGAGCAGAUGAUGCACGGAAAGUGGCGCCCGAUGUGAUUGCCGGUACGCCGGGACAGGAGGCAGCCGGACGGCAGGAGCAGGACGAGCUGGCCGCCUUUGCGCAGGCGGAGGCCAAGCGGACCGAGCAGCUCAAAAAGCGAUACACGGGCGCAGAUCCCUCACAGUCGCAGGCCAGCAGCGACGAUGACGAGCAGAAUGACUAUGGGUUCAAUAAGCGGCCAUCGGUGCGCGGCAUCAAGCCCAAGUUUAGCUCCACCAACGAGAUCCUGGCCCAGAUGCAGGAGCAGCUCAGUGCGGCGAUACCCACCGUGGUGAAUAGCCAGCCGGUGCAGCAGGCCGUAAAGAGCUAUGCCAUGCCCAACACGCUCAAGCAGAAUCCCUCGCCCCAGAAUGUGCCACAGACUGUCCAGCAGCAGCAGCAGCAGCAGCAGCAGCAGCAGCAGCAACAGGCACAGCAUCAGGCACAGCAGCAACAUCAGCAGCAGCAACAGCAGCAGCAACAGUUGCAGCAACAGAUGGCAGCUGCUAUGCAAAAGACGGAGCAGCGAACGUGGAGCUUCUACAGUGAGACCGGAGAGCAACAGCGCUUCCCCAUGGACGCGGCUGCCAUACAGCAGACCUACUACCAGACCCUGCCCGCCGGCACCAUGUUCCGCCAGACGAUGAUCCAGCAGGGAGCCACAGCAGCCGGCGGAGCGGACGAUGCCUCGCUCCUGUAUGCCGCCGCUGCUGCUGCACAGAAUUGUCAGAGUAUGACGGCCACGAAUGUGGCCACCGCCACCGCCAUCGAGCAGAGCAAGCAUAGCAGCUACAGCAGCCACUUUGCCAGGAGUCCAACCCGGCGGCCAGAGUCACCGCCGCCGUUGAGGAACUACCAUCAGACCAUGGUGCUCAUACCGUACAACGCGGAGACCUAUUCCCAGUUCGCCACCAGCAGCAGCGUCGAUCCCAAGCUGGCGCAUAUCCAGCGUCAGAAUAUUCUCGAGUACCAGCAGGUCACUCAACAGACGAUCCGGGUGCCCAUUGGCUAUGCCCUGCCCGGCAUGCAGUUGCAUGUGGUCAGUGGGCGUGGCCAUGCUGCCCACUAUGCCCAGCAUCAACAGCAGCAGCAACAACAGAUGCAACAGCAGCAGCAGCGUCUGAUGCAGGGACACUACCAAUUCGGCCCAGAGGGCGGAAUGCCCGGGUUCAGUGAGCGUGGAGUUCCAGAGGGAGCGGCGGCGGUAUCGCAUAGUGAUUGCAAUGCCAUGGUAUCGCCAACGUCAGCGGCACAACAGCAGCAGCAACAGGUGCAGCAGCAGCAACAGCAGCAACAGCAGCAACAACAGAUGCAACAGCAGCAGCAGCAGGCGGGAGGAGUGGGCUCCGCCCAGGCACAGGGAUCCGUGUAUUAUGCAAUGAAUGUAUGACCCGCGCUUGAAUAGUCGCUGCCAGCGGCGGUCAUUGUCGAGCGCCGCCAGUGUCAACGUGUCGAGUUGUCAGCGACUUCAGUUCAUUUGGGUGGAGGUGGUAUGGGCGGUGGAUUGGGUGGUUUGGGUAGAUGAGCGCCAGCAGGUGCAGCUCCUACCACAUCCAUGUCCAUGCCUUAGACCGGGAGAGAGAGAGAUAAAUAGAGAGAGAGAGAGAUAGAUAGAGAGUGUCCUCGAGAUCCCAUCCCAUCCGCUGAUAUGUUGAGUUGCCCCUCAGUUGGCCCUAGCGAGCGUUAUUCGAAUCGGUUCAUUAAGAUCUUCCGUUAAGCACGAGUAUUCGUAUCUGUAUCUGUAUCCGUAUCCGUAUGCGUAUCUUUAACCUUAUCCGUAACCGUAUCUGUAACCGUAUCCGUGUUAUCCGUAUCUUUGUCCGUAGUGUUAUUAAUAAUACCAAUGCAGCAAGGCGGAAGUCCUUGUGAGGAGAUCCCCAAAAAGUACACUUUAAGUUGAGCCUUGCCGUCGAUGAUUUUAUUUAAUAGUUAUAAAUGAAAUGAAUUAAUUAAUUAACAAGAGA